AUGGAUAAUACCGCUACCUCUCCUUAUAUCAAGAACGAGCCGGACGAUUUCCAGUUCGAUACGAACCACUUCGACAAUUCCCAGUUCGGCCGGAGUCAGUUCCAAGGAAACAGCAAUAUGACGCCGAGUGUCAACCCCUCCGACCUCAGUAUGGGGAAUAACUUCAUGAACAACCACUCAUACGGGUCGCAGAAUAUGUUCAUGGGAGGAGCCGGGAUUGCCGACGACGAACUCUUGGAUUUGGGGAAUCUAAACGGAGAGAGUACGCAAGGGAAUUUCGUCCAAGGACAGAACGGACUCGGCCAAGGCGCCAACCAAAACUUCAGCUUCAACGACGGCGUUAGCGGCGGGCCUGUGUCCAUGAACAGCCAACAGCAGAUGUUCUCUCAUACACCCGAUGGCGCGCCGAUGGCCAGUCCUUUUGCCCACGACAGCCAGUUCUCCCAUAUGCGGACCAUGCCAUCGCAGUUCCCAGGAUCACAGUCAUACGACUUGGCCGCGCGAACACGGCCCAAGAUGCGUAACGUCGACCGACAUCACUCCGACUCACGCUCGCCCCUGACUCCCAAGAACAUGAAUGGAAUCCAGCUUGGCACUCCCGAAUCUGGUUCUUACGGAGGCCAGCCGAUUAUGUCCGGUCAACAAAUUCGGACGCACCAGAAGAGCGUUUCAGGCACCUGGGACGGUACACCCGGCAGCGGUUCAUGGGUCGACUCCCCCCUUCCCAGCAGCCCCCACCAAGGGCAAAUGCAUCCGCAAAUAUCCGAAAUCCUCACCUCCGGUAAACACGCCUCCCUCCCCACGAAAGUCGACGCCACCGGCCACCUCCACACGGGAAGUGUCCCCACAGGACUGCAGUCGCAAGAAGCGAAACGCCGACGCCGCCGCGAAUCCCACAAUCUCGUCGAACGUCGCCGCCGGGACAAUAUCAACGAGCGCAUUCACGAUCUCUCCCGCCUCGUUCCGGGGCACCGUCUCGACGAUGAGAAGAUUCGGAAACAUAUCAAUAACAACGGCCCUCUCUCACCGACCCUCGCCGCGUCCGGGAUCUCGCCCCCGCAAGCGACCUCGCUCCUUGCCGGUGGUGCUGGUCGUCGUGCUGCCGGCAACAUCACCACGGGACUGCCCAUCGAGGAGAAAGACAAAGGCCCUAAUAAGGGCGAUAUCCUCAACGGCGCCGUUAGCUGGACACGGGAUCUGAUGUGGGCGUUACAUCGAUCGCUGCAGCAGCAAGACCAACUCAGAGAGUACGUGGAGUCACACGGACUACAGUUCCCGCUCGAGUUUACGGAAGAGGAUAAGCGCAUGCGCACGGAACUGUUCGACUCCGUCAAUGGGAAUUCGACCGAUAAAUUCGUGUACUCUCGCGGUCCCGGAUCCGGUUUGCGCGUUCCCCAACACACGGACUUCGCCGGCCUGGCGCUGGAUGGUGCGCAGGGAAGCGGCCAUAGUGGGACGAUCAGCCCGCAGAGCCUGUCGCCGAGCGGUAAUGCUGGCAACGUCAACGGUACCCAGGAGCAACAAUUCUGGAUGGGCCAUGGACACCGGGCGAGCGGAAGUAGCGGAAGAGGGAGCUUUACCUUGAAAGAAGAGGAUGAAUUUGGGAUGGAGCUCUCGUGA